AUGAUGGGCUACAAUGAAGUGAGGGCACGACAGCUGGGGAUUCUGGGCUACGCCCACACUCUCCUGGUGCUGCAGCUGCUCUCCAUCACACUCUUGGCUGGGGUUCUGCUGGCCAUCCUUGCCCAAGGUUCCAAGGACCCCAGCUCUCCAGGGAUGGAGAACAUCUACCAGGAACUGAGCCAGCUGAAGGCUGAAGUGGACCUCCUGUGCCACCGCUGCCCCUGGGACUGGUCCUUCUUCCAAGGAAAUUGUUACUUCUUCUCCAAGAUCCAAAAUGACUGGAAUAACUCUGUCCUUGCCUGUCAGGAAGCAGGAGCCCGACUAGUGGCUAUCAAAAGUGAUGAGGAGAAGACCUUCCUGCAAGUGAUGUUUAAGACGACAAAAGCAGCCUGGAUUGGUCUCUCAGACCUGACAAAUGAAGGCAGGUGGCACUGGCUGGAUGGCUCACCUCUGUCACAAAG